CCACGUCGAACCGAAAGCAUCGCGGCAACCAAAACGAAAGUAAAUAAGCCGCGAAUCGAAAGCGAGUCGAGAGCGUAUAAAACGCGAAUAUUAGGCGGACAUCAAGCUUAGCCGCGUGGAAUUGAACGCACGGAGAAAAAAGAGUUUACUCGUUAGUGGAAUUGUUUGCCUUUUGGCCAGUUUACGAGCGGCUCAGCAUAAAUUGCUGCUCUUUUGGGACCCGCAAUGAGGCAAUGAGACGACCCAGACCCAGACCAUCACCAACAGUAGCAGCAGCAGCCGCAGCAGCAGAAGCACAGACGGAGGAGGAGGAGAAAGAGGAGACGGAGUCAUGCCAUCUGGUGCCUGCUUCUGGAGUCUCGAGCUUCGGCCUCUUCUGCGGCAGAUAGAGCGAUAGAGAUAAAGCUACAGAGCGAGAGCGAGAGAGAGAGAGAGAGACACAGCGAGCGAGAGCGAGAGAGACAGCUAGAAAUGUUGCGCGAUAUCUUUCUGUAUCUAGUUCUAAUCGUUUUAUUUUGCUUCAUUUUCAUGGCGCAGUUAAUCGUUAACGUAUACGCGUUCCAGCGCCAGCCAACGCCCGCCCAGAAGUCGGACAAGAAUGAGAUUAUAUUUGUCUAGGAACGAAGACGAACUGGUAAAGAAUGGGGAAUGGGGGCACUAAGGCCAGCAAAAGUCAAGCGGCCACCGUGGUUUCUAUUUAAUAAGAAAUGGCAGCGGGUCGUCGGGUGGGAGAAAGUUUCACUUAAGGAUGAGCAGGAGGCACUGACUGCCUCGGCAGUCGUCUAGGGGCUUAGAUGAUAAACCCUUGAAGAACUGUUAAACUAGGUUGCUCGCUAAUUAGUAACGGGAGUCUGGGGACACACACACAUAAACACACACACUCCACUCACAGAUACUAUCUCUCUCUUUCUCUCACACAUACAAUGAAAGUUGCAAACAAUAAACCGCAGCGACAAGUUCCACUCCAAAGUGUCGUCUCGCCAUGAAAAGGGCGAAAAUUACUAAGGGAAAAACUGCAACAAUAUUCAGCCAAAAGAGGCGCCCAAUGAAGCCGCAUUAAAUUUUCAUAAUUUUCCGCAUAUUUCCCCCACUUUUUCCCACCACGCCUUUGUUUGUCUUUCAUUAACAUUUUUUUUGUGCAUUUUUCCGGAUUAUUUAAUUUUAAUUCGCAUUCUGCUGCAGUAAAAUGAUGAUGUACGGCGGCUGGAGGAGGCAUCAAUCAAUUCGAGGCGACAUCCUCCCCCUUCCCAAUACGUUUUAUUGGGCGGAGGCUUUAACUUUUCAUUGCCUACUUUUAAGGGCCCUCCUUGGAGG